CCAUCUGAUUCGGCUUCAUCCAAAGAGGGGGAAAAAAACCACGGAGCGGAAAACAUCGGACCCACUUAACACAUGCGAGCCCGGCUGGAAAGAUGCCUAACGCAUGGAUCCUGCUCGUGGUCGUGUCUCUGUGUUGCCUGUCUCAACCGGGGCAUUUGAAAAAGCCCCAGAAAUGCCCUUAUACGUGCAGCUGCUCCAAGGAGUCUAUCAUCUGCGUGGGGUCAAACUACGUCCCCAGGAUCAGUCCCAACGACAUCCAUUCACUGAGUAUUGUGAAUGGGACCUUCUCUGAAAUCAAAGAGGGGAUGUUUGCGCACAUGCCAUCUCUCCAGCUUCUGCUUCUGAACUCCAAUUCUCUCACAAAUAUAAGGGAUGAUGCAUUCUCAGGACUUUCACACCUGGAGUACCUGUUCAUUGAAAGUAACAAGAUCGAAACGGCGUCCAAAUAUGCCUUCAGAGGACUGCGGGACUUGACGCACUUAUCACUGGCAAACAACAACAUUAAAGCUUUACCCCGGGACCUUUUCAGUGACCUGGACUCUCUCAUUGAACUGGAUCUGCGGGGUAAUGCGUUUGAAUGUGACUGUGGCGCUAAGUGGCUCAUGACGUGGCUCAAAAACACCAACGCCACAGUGUCGGAUGUCGUGUGCGCCGCCCCUGAGGACAUGAAGGGCAAGAGGCUCAACGACAUGACCAGUCUCCAGAAUGAGUGCAUUUCAACGGAUUUCAUCCUCCAUCAGACGAUUGCCUCAGAAUCUCUGUCUGUGGACACGUUCAGCUUUAAGAAUGACGUCUACGUGGCUAUAGCGGCCCCCAGUAUGGAGAGCUGCAUGGUUUUCCAAUGGGACCACAUAGAAAUGAACUACAGGACCUAUGACAAUAUCACAGGUCAGUCUAUAGUGGCGUGCAAGUCGGUUCUUAUCCAGAACGAAGUCUUCGUGAUCGUAGCUCAACUUUUUGGAGGCUCCCACAUCUACAAGUUUGACGAAGACCAAAGCAGAUUCAGCAAAUUCCAGGACAUUGAGGUAUCUAAAAUCUCCAAACCCAAUGAUAUCGAGGCGUUUCAAAUCGGCACAGACUGGUUUUUCGUGGUCGCGGAUAGCUCCAAAGCGGGCCUGUCCACUCUCUACAAAUGGAACGAUAAAGGUUUUUAUUCGUACCAGUCGCUUCACGAGUGGUACCGCGACACAGAUGCUGAAGUUUUAGAUUUGGACGGAAAAGCGCACAUUAUUUUGGCAAGCCGCUCACAAGUCCCUGUUAUUUACCAGUGGAGCAGGAGCAACCAAAAGUUCAUCCUACAAGGCGAGAUUCCCAAUAUGGAAGACGUAGUGGCAGUGAAGCAUUUCCGUAUCAAAGAGGAGCUUUACCUGACCAUGACGAGGUACAUUGGAGACUCCAAAGUUCUGCGAUGGGGAACCAAACAGUUUGCAGAGGUCCAAGCGUUGCCUUCAAGGGGGUCCAUGAUCCUCCAGCCGUUUUCCUUCAAAGAGCGGCAUUACCUGGCGUUGGGCAGUGAUUACACCUUCUCUCAGAUCUACAUUUGGGACGAAGAAGGCAAGAUUUUUGAGCGUUUUAAAGAGGUAUACAUCCAGGCCCCACGCUCCUUCACAGUCGUGUCCACUGACCGCAGGGACUUCCUCUUCGCAUCCAGCUUCAAAGGGAACACGCAGAUUUUUGAGCACAUCAUCAUUGACUUGAGCUUGUGAGCGGCUGUGCCUCUUAGUAACUAUUAACAGCAUCUUCCACAAACAAUAGCUGCAACUGUAAAAUUAAAGAGUAGAAGUUACAUUUCUGGACCUAGUCACGUUUAAAGACCUGCUUUUUCCCAUUUUUGCUUCUGGGGCCACUACAGCAAACCAUCUGCCUGCGCAUGCAGUGGUUUGAUAUGAUAUGGCCUUAUGUUUUUGCCAGUUUCCCUCAAUGACACCACCCCGGCUUGAGACUGGCACAGGAAACACUGUUAAAAGACCUGGGACACCUUCUGCUGGAUGUCCUCUCUUCUGUUGGAGUUGUAUUCUUUGAAAUGGCCACUGUGAAAGAUAGAGUCAUGUUUAAUAAAGAGAAAAUGAACUUACCUUUAGGGAAAAAAAACAUACAGCAGAAUAGAUUUUUGUAGGUCUUAGUUUUAUUUUAACAAAAAUUACUGACUAAUUCUUUCUCUUGCCUUUUGGGAAAUAUCUCUGGUCCUUUGGUGAUGAACAGCAGGUUGCCUUAUCUUCAGGGGGGUAUGAGAUCCAGCUGGCCUACAGUGCCACCUACUGGAUAUGAUAUUGUAGACCUUUUAGCUUUAUGCCAUAAAAUGAAUGUCUUUGAAAGCACAAAUCUUUAAACGUGAAAACAGUCGGUGUCAUUUUAAACAGUGACAGUUAGAGAUUUAGAUAAAGUAUAGGAUAGUAUAAAGAUAAGACUCAUCAUCGUUUUACAGAGAAAACAGACACAGGAAAGUAUGACUAAAUACAAAAAUACAGAAUGUUAAAGGAACUGUAUGUAACAUUUUGAUUUAAAUGUCAUAACCAUCAUCUGAUCAGAAAACAAAAUGAGCCUCACAUGAGUCUCUCAUUUGUUGUUACCAAUUUCAAUACUGAAAUCCAGCUCCCCCAGGACCUGCAGCCAAUCGUUAAUCAUUAAUCUCCUGUUGCUGUAUCUGUGUCCAUAUACUGACAAUGAGGCACUGGAAAGGCUCAGAUGAGUGUAGUUCCUCUUUCAAAACUGUAAGAGAUACAUACAGCUCCUUUAACUAAACAAAGCAAAUUAUAUCUGACAAUAAAUUGUAAAUAGAACUUUUCUAAUAUUAUGUUUGUUGAUAUAGAAGAAUGUAAAAAUACCAGACCUGCAUUUUACGAUUUGCACUUGCAAAAGCAUGAUAGCUGAACUUUUGAACACAUUUUAUGGAAACUAAAUCAAAUGAGACUGGGUAGUAAAAAAAAACUCCAAAGGAAAAACACAGAAUAUGCAAGUUUGAAGUAAACAUUUUUUAAAACAUGUUUUGAGCAUUUUGAAUGUUAAGUACUGUACAUUUGAUGCGUUCAAAAUAAACAGGUGGAAUUAUAGAGACUGGUCUUUUAUGUGAGAUCUUGAUACUUUCAGGUAUUAACUAUAAAUGCAGGAGAUUUAUCCCACAACAUGUUACAUUUAGUUCAAUGCUAUUUCCUGUUUUAUGGAUUUAGUGGGAGGAGCAGAAAUGAAACUGACUUUUGGUCCAAAUGAUAAGAUGGAAACAAAUGUGCACAGAGAUUAAGCUGAAGAACUUGAGCUACUUCAAAUUCAUCUUAACACAUUCACCAAAACAAGUUUUUGUGAAGUCACAAAAUGAAUGUUACAUCCUUGAAAGUAGAACUGUCAGUGAAUGAAACACAUCCUUUAAUAGAGUGCAUUCAAAACAACAACCUAAAGAAGUUAAGGAAACUACUACUGUCCAAUAACAUCAAUGGUCUUUACCCAGUCAAAGAACUGAAUGAUUUAAUGACUCCACUAAUGGCUGCUGUGGCCUGUCACAAUGAAAAUAUUACAGUGUUUCUUUUGAAUAAGGGAGCAAAUCCAGACAUACUGAGCCAAAAUGUAUUCGCUGCUUUGCAUUAUGUCUCAUUAUGCAACGCUCCACCUGUUUUUGUGAGACAUCUACUUGAAGCAAACGCUCACCCAGAUGUGACUACACCUCUACGUUUUACUGCUCUGCAAAUUGCUGCCCUUCAUAACAGGAAAGAGGUUGUAAAAAUGCUUCUUUCAGCUGGUGCACUAAUAUCACCUGUACUAGCAGACCAACCUGAGUGCCACAACAAUAAGAAAUUCUCUGAGAUGAUUGGGAUACUUGCAUCAGAGGGGGAUGAGCUGUGUUCUAAAGCCAGGUGCUUUAUAGAGCUGGAAAUUUUUGUCCGUGAGAAAACUCCUGAAGAAGUUUUUAAAAUGUUUCACAGUGACAUGCUGAAUGAACAUCCUCAGACCCAUUUACUCAUGAUUGAAAUUCUCCUGACACUGCAAAGACCAUAUCAAGAAAAAUACAGUCCACUAUGUAUCAAAUGGCUCAAAGAAACUGAUAACUUGAAUUCCUACAUUGACAAUCUUGUCGCUCGUAUCCCAAAUAUGAAUACAUUUAAUGUAGGUUUGGCUAUUAAUGGUUUACAUGUCAUUUCCAACACUAUGGAGGAAAUACCUCUUGAGCAGGCGGUGGCUAUAAUUCCACAUUUACUCCUUCGGUUAAAAGAGAAGAGUCUAGUUCUUGCAGUGCUUCAAACCCUGUAUGUGAUAACACAGAAAACAAUUAAGACCCAGCAGUGGAACACCACAUUUCUGGAAACAUUAUGCAAAAGUAUAUCUCCUUUUGUAAAGGAUCAGCACUCCUCUGACAUUAGAGAGUUCACAUACGGAGUCUUUGCAAACCUACUUCCAUUAAAAAAUGCUGCUGAAAUGUUCACCUCAGCAGAGAUCUGCACUGUGCCUGAAGAUGUACUGACAUCUGCUGACAUGAAAAUGAACGACAAGCUCAAAGAGGGGCUGAGGAGACUCAAAGGUCACUUUAACAGAACUAACUCUGAAUGUGAGGACGUGUCAGAGGCUCCUGGGUCUGGG